CGCCGAGGGAGCGGCGGGGCCGGCGCCAUGGCCGAGCGGGGCCGCCUGGGCCUGGCCGGCCCGCCCGCCGCGCUCAACACGCCGGUGCCCAUGAACCUGUUCGCCACCUGGGAAGUGGACGGCUCCAGCCCCAGCUGCGUGCCCAGGUUGUGCAGCCUGACCUUGAAGAAGCUGGUGGUCUUCAAGGAGCUGGAGAAGGAGCUCAUCUCGGUGGUGAUCGCCGUCAAGAUGCAGGGCUCCAAACGGAUCCUGCGGUCCCACGAGAUUGUGCUGCCCCCCAGCGGACACGUGGAAACCGACCUGGCGCUGACAUUCUCCCUCCAGUAUCCCCACUUCCUGAAAAGAGAAGGCAACAAGCUUCAGAUCAUGCUGCAGCGAAGAAAGCGGUAUAAGAACCGGACCAUCCUGGGCUACAAGACGCUGGCGGCUGGCUCCAUCAACAUGGCCGAGGUGAUGCAGCACCCUUCCGAGGGUGGCCAGGUGCUGGGCCUCUGCAGCGACAUCAAGGAGGCCUCAGUCAAGGUGGCCGAGAUCUGGAUCUUCUCCCUGUCCAGCCAGCCCAUUGACCAUGAGGACAGCACCAUGCAGGCCGGCCCCAAGGCCAAGUCCACGGAUAACUACUCCGAGGAGGAGUACGAGAGCUUCUCCUCUGAGCAGGAGGCCAGCGACGACGCCGUGCAAGGGCAGGAUUUGGACGAGGACGACUUUGAUGUGGGGAAACCCAAGAAGCAGCGGCGAUCGCUAGUAAGAACGACGUCCAUGACCAGGCAACAAAACUUCAAGCAGAAAGUCGUGGCUCUGCUGCGGAGGUUUAAAGUUUCCGAUGAGGUCCUGGACUCGGAGCAGGACCCUGCAGAGCAUGUCCCCGAGGUGGAGGAGGACCUGGACCUCCUGUACGACACGCUGGACAUGGAGCACCCCAGCGACAGCGGCCCCGACAUGGAGGACGAUGACAGCGUUCUCAGCACCCCCAAGCCGAAGCUCAGGCCGUACUUCGAAGGCCUGUCCCACUCCAGCUCCCAGACAGAGAUCGGAAGCACCCACAGCGCCCGGAGCCAGAAGGAGCCUCCGAGUCCGGCCGACGUGCCCGAGAGGACGCGGGCCCUGGGAGGCAAGCAGCCAAGUGACAGCAUCUCCGACUCAGUGGCCCACAGCGCACCCCCCGCCGGGGAGCAGCCAGCGCAGCCCGAGGAGAGCCCGGAGGUGGAGACCCCUGCACUGGACGUGUUCACCGAGAAGCUGCCACCCAGCGGGCGGAUCACAAAGACAGAGUCCCUGGUCAUCCCCUCCACCAGGUCCGAGGGGAAGCAGGCUGGCCGCCGGGGCCGGAGCACGUCCUUGAAGGAGCGGCAGCCGGCGCGUCCACAGAACGAGCGGGCCAAUAGCCUGGACAACGAGCGCUGCCCGGACACACGGAGCCACCUGCAGAUCCCCAGGAAGACUGUGUACGACCAGUUAAACCACAUCCUCAUCUCCGACGACCAGCUUCCUGAGAACAUCAUUCUCGUCAACACCUCAGACUGGCAGGGGCAGUUCCUCUCCGACGUCCUGCAGCGGCACACACUCCCUGUGGUGUGCACGUGCUCUGCGGCUGACGUCCAGGCGGCCUUCAGCACCAUCGUCUCCCGGAUACAGAGAUACUGCAACUGCAAUUCCCAGCCCCCGACCCCCGUGAAGAUCGCGGUGGCGGGAGCGCAGCAUUACCUCAGCGCCAUCCUGCGGCUCUUCGUGGAGCAGCUGUCCCACAAGACCCCCGACUGGCUGGGCUACAUGCGCUUCCUCGUCAUCCCGCUGGGCUCCCACCCUGUGGCCAGGUACCUGGGCUCCGUGGACUACAGGUACAACAACUUCUUCCAGGACCUGGCCUGGAGAGACCUGUUCAACAAGCUGGAGGCCCAGAGCGCUGUGCAGGACACGCCGGACAUCGUGUCAAGAAUCACACAGUACAUCUCGGGGGCCAACUGUGCCCACCAGCUGCCCAUUGCAGAGGCCAUGCUGACCUACAAGCAGAAGAGGAGAAAGAACUUGCAUUUUGACUUUACCCUCAGCCCCGACGAAGAGUCCUCUCAGAAGUUCAUUCCCUUCGUGGGGGUGGUGAAGGUUGGGAUAGUGGAACCGUCUUCUGCCACAUCAGGUGACUCGGAUGACGCAGCCCCCUCAGGCUCCAGCGCCCUCUCGUCCACCCCGCCGUCCACGUCUCCUGCAGCCAAGGAAGCCUCGCCCACUCCACCCUCCUCCCCGUCGGUGAGCGGGGGCCUGUCCUCCCCCAGCCAGGGCGUCGGCGCCGAGCUGAUGGGGCUGCAGGUGGAUUACUGGACGGCGGCCCAGCCCGCAGACAGGAAGAGAGAUGCGGACAAGAAGGACCCGCCCACCACCAAAAACACACUCAAGUGCACCUUCCGGUCUCUCCAGGUCAGCAGGCUGCCCAGCAGCGGCGAGGCUGCGGCCACGCCCACCAUGUCCAUGACCGUGGUCACCAAGGAGAAGAACAAGAAGGUGAUGUUUUUGCCUAAGAAAACCAAGGACAAGGACGUGGAGUCUAAAAGCCAGUGCAUCGAGGGCAUCAGCCGUCUGAUCUGCACAGCCAAGCACCAGCAGAACAUGCUGCGGGUCCUCAUUGACGGGGUGGAGUGGAGCGACGUCAAGUUCUUCCAGUUGGCGGCCCAGUGGUCCUCGCACGUCAAGCACUUCCCCAUCUGCAUCUUUGGACACUCCAAGUCCACCUUCUAGCCCCGCCCACCCAGGGGCCGCCGGCUCCCCACCCUGCAGCCCUGCGACAGCCAGCCGCGCGUCAGGAGGGCCCAGCUGCUUUUCUGUUAACAUUUCAGUUUACUACAGAGACAGACCCUUAAAAACACAAAGAGAAACAGUCUUAAGUAUGGAUGUGCUCACAACCUGGAAACUAACGGGGUGGUCCCCCUGGGGAGCCCGUAACUGCUCUGCUUAUUAACCAGAAUGUUCUGGCAGGGGCGGGGGGUCAGGGGGACAGUGUUGAACUUGAGAAUUGCGGGAGGUGUGUGUGUUUGGGCCUCAGGACUCCCCUGCCCCUCAGCCCCCCAGCAAGAAGGGUUCCUGCCUUUGGGUCCUGUCCUCCCUGAAAGCCAGGUCUGUGCUUCCUCAGGGAGCCAGGGUCAGGUCGGCAGCCACACAGGACACCGCCCCCCCCAGGCACUGAGCUGGGUGCCCAAAGGCCAGCCUUCUAUUGGGGGCUUCCUGAGCAGAACACAGGCCAGUCUGCCCCACGCCGGGUCCACUUGGGGUUCCCAGUAAACUCCAGCCGCCUGGGGCAGUGGAGGUUUUACAGUAGCGGAUAGUUUUAACGCUUUUAAAUACAUGUUAUAAUGUAGCUGCCGAACAGCCGUUGCUCUUCUGAAGUCCCAGCAGCCCCUCAGGGCUGCUGUGUCCCGGCCCCCAACACCCGCCUCACCCACAGGGCUCGCGUCCCCCUCUGCUUCUGCUAGUGGUCUCCACCCUGAAUUUAGCAAGCACGGUGGCUGCCUCCUGCCCCCCAGCCGUGGCCCUGCCUUGGGGGAGGUGUCCGGUCCAGGCAACGGGUGCAUGUCCCCUGCAACACAACUGUGGCCUAUGAAAGCUCUGGCAAGGUGGCCAAACCAUAGGGGCCAGCAUCGUUCAAGCCGUGGGUGCAGCCGGGGCACCUCACAGGGCCAGGGGACCCAUCUCUCUAGGCCAGGCUCCUCAGAGCCAGGUUUGGGGUUUGGGUCCCAUAUGGGAUGGCAGCCCUACCUUCCACCUUCCUACAGCAAGCGGGGAGGUGUCCCCAGUCCCCCACAACCCUGUACCUCAGGCAUCUGCAGGAGAGCCCACCGGCUCCUGCCCCUUGGCAGCUUGGCUGUAGGACCAUCGUGGUCGUUUUCCUAAGGCUGAGAGCCACACAGGCCGUGCUCAGAAAGACAGUGCCAAACGCAGGACAAGCUGCACACCUUCUUCGCUCCCCUGCACGACAGGCCUCUCCAACAGCCCGCGGCGCGGAGGGUCGUGGCACAGAGGGUCCCUGCUCUCGGGUGGUGAAACAUGGCCCGUCUUCCUUACCUGUGCCCUUCCUGCUUACCUCCUCCCCGCAGGUGGCUGUACGGGGUCCAAGUGUCCAUGGCCGAGGGACCUGCAUCUAGCUGACAGUCAGGCCUUGGGCCUUGGACCUUGGACCAGGGGCCCUGCACCUCCCUGGUAAGGACCUGGGUGAAGGUGCAGUCUAUUGAGCUGAUGGACCCUCGGGAAGCCUCCCCGCCCUCAUCCAGGGCCUAGGUCACUGGUCCUCAAGUUUCCUUCUAAAGGUCACACUCAACAGGAAGGAGGUGCCAGGGAAACGCCCUUGACUUAGCUUUCCAGCUGCAGACCUAGUUUUAGAGGAAGGGGCCAGAGUGGGUCCCGUCCAUCCUGGCUGUGAGUGGCCCCCUUCCCAACCCCCACCCCCGCUAUCCUCAUGCCCUCCCUGGCCUCACCCAUGGCUGUCUCCUUGGACACACAAGAAGACACCCAGAACCGCCACCCCAUGCCGCAGGGCCCGCCUGCCACACCGUUCCUGGGCCAGGAAGGCUACGCAGCCAGCCCAGCCCUCAGCUCGCUUGCAGACCUGGGCUUGCACACACCAGUGCCCCAGUGCCCGUGUCGGCUGCACGGGGGGGUCCCUCUCUACUGCCUACCUCAUGGAGCUGCUCUGAGGAGAUGUGUAAGAGCACUUUUCCCCCAGAGGAAGAUGACGCAGAAGCCAAAGCUGUCUGUGACUGAGCCAGUGCAGCUGUGAGCACAUGGGGGCCCUGUGGGGUGUGUGAGGGCCGUGGGCCCCAGACUGUGGGCCCACAGGACUGGAGCUGCCCCCUCAGAGCUGGGCUUCUCAGCCCACUGGGUGACCAAAGAUUAAGCCACCAGUCACCUUUGGGCAAGGCCAGGCUCCCAGUGGCCUGGUGGCGUCGUGUGGGCAGGUUCCAGCCUCACUGAGGCCAGCUCCCACGCUGUAUCUGGGCCACUGCUUCCUCCCACCUCGUGUUGGUCCCAUGGGUCACCAUCUCCUCCGAGCAUGCAGGCUGGUGUCCUGAGUCAGUGUCACAGCCAUAGCUCAGGGAGGAGAGGGCUUCUGGACCCAGAGCUGAGGAUCUCUGUACAAAGACUGGCAGAUCAGAGUGGCCAGGGCCAGCACUGCUGCACUGUCCUCACUCCCAGACAGGAAGGCCAGCUGCCUGAUCCCUACACCUGUUCCUCGACCCCCUCCCCAGACCUAUGCUGUCCUCUGGUAAGGUGGAGAGGAAGAAGAGUCCCGGGCGGGGGCCUGAGGGCCGAGCUCGGGGGCCCACUUCCGUGGGGCUCUUACCCCCAUCCAGGUCAUUGUGCAUUGUUUGGUUUCUAGGAUGUAUGUGUUGCUAGUUUUUUUUUUUUUAAUGGAAAACAAUUAAUGUAAAUAGCUUUUUUGGGAAACAGAUUCUAAUCUGUCACAUAUGUGACCACGUGGACUAUUUUAAGGUGCUGAUGCGACACUAAUAAACCCGGGGGGCUCCCCCAGGCCCUCCCUA